ACUCCACGCCUGACACUUGUCCCAUUCCUUGGGGGGAAGACCCACUAUUUGCAAGGAAAACGGAGUCUCAGGGCUGGGGUGUUGCUCAGUGGUAGCAUGUUCCUUCCCCAGCACCAAUACAGAAAUGCAAACUGAAGGAGAGCAGUAGGGUUUAGAUCCCUGCACAGGCUGGGGCUGAGCCAAAUGGUGGAAGCUUUAUGGAUAGUUAGGUGAGGUUAGGACAGGGCUUGGAAAGGGGUAAGGCUUGGGCAGGGCUCAAGGAGCUGUAGUACAGGCCAGCAGAAAGGGAUUUAGAGGGGAUGGAUGGGGUUGAGCUGAGGGGCUGGGCUGAAGGAGGGACGUAGGAAAGGCCGCGACCAGGACAGCUGGGGUGUGACUGUCGGGAGAAAGUGCGGGUGUGCAGGGGUGGGCGUGAUUGCUGAUCAGCUCCUGGGGAGGGAGGGAAGGAGGUGCCCGGGAAAGGCAGAGGUCGGUAGGAGGAGCUCUGAAGGCGGGGUUUAGCUCACUGCGGUGGAGGUGAGUUAGAAGAGAGGGUGUUGGAAACUGCUUUUGGACCACGUUCCGAGAAGCACUGACAUAAGGGAAUGCUCUAGAGGUGCGAGGCAGAAUUACCUGUACAGCAUGCAAGUUAGGAGAGGUACAGUUUAAAUGCUACGGGGGGCGGAGUUGCAGUACGAGAGGCCGGGCAAGUUUAAGUAGCUUGGAGAGGCAGGGCUUAAGGGGCAUGGCCUGGAAGGAAGGGUUGAAUUCCAGAGAAUGGGAGCUUGGAGAGAGGGAAGGAGAAACUGCGGGGAUGGAGCGAAGGGGACAGAUUUUCUAGAGGGGUGGAGCCGAAAACAUUAAUCUAUGGAGUGGGCGUGGUUCCCACAAGGGGGCGGGGCUCUAGCGUGGGACCCGAGCCCAGGGUGUGCCUCCACCGGAUGUCCAGGGCUUGUGGGCGGAGCCCUAAGAGGCAGCAGGCGCACACAGCGCAGGCGCACUUGCGGGCGGUUGCCUACAGGAAGCAGCCUCAGCUUUCCCCGCCCGCACGCGCCACACGGUGCGCAGGCGCACUUCCUCUCUCUUUCCGCCACCGCCACCUCUUCUGCAGCCUCCACGCCGGCGCCUCGGGAACGGGAGCAACUUCCGCUUCCGGGCGGGCGGCGCGGGGCUGCUGAGGAGGGGGAGGGGGCGGCACUUCCGGUCGGGGUCUCGGGUCUCCCCGGAGCGGCGGCGCCUCCUCCGCCUCCUAGGCCUCCUCCCGGCGGAGACCCCGGCGCCGGGUCUCCCAGCUCCGCUGAGAUGGAGUCGAACCCAGCGGGGGGCAGCGGGAACGGCGGCCUGGGGGGCGAGGAUGGCGUGCAUUUCCAGAGCUACCCCUUCGACUUCCUGGAGUUCCUCAACCACCAGCGCUUCGAGCCCAUGGAGCUAUACGGGGAGCACGCCAAGGCCGUGGCUGCGCUGCCCUGCGCCCCGGGCCCCCCGCCGCCGCCGCCGCCGCAGCCCCCGCCGCCGCAGUUCGACUACCCGCCACCGGCCAGCUUCAAGCCCAAGGCCGAGGCGCCAUCCUCAGCUUCCUCCUCCUCCUCCUCCUCCUCCUCCUCCACCUCCUCCUCUUCCUCGUCCUCCACCUCCUCCGCCCCAGCCAAGAAGCCCGACCCGCCGCUGCCGCCCGCCUUUGGGGCACCCCCACCCCCGCUCUUCGACGCCGCCUUCCCUGCCCCGCAGUGGGGCAUCGUGGACCUCUCCGGCCACCAGCACCUGUUCGGGAACCUGAAGCGCGGCGGGCCGGCGGCAGGGCCGGGCGUGGCGCCCGGUCUUGGUGCACCCGCGGGGACCCCGGGGCCGCUGCCCGCGCCCUCACAGACCCCACCUGGCCCCGCCGCCACGGGGGCGGCCUGCGACCCCGCCAAGGACGACAAAGGCUACUUCCGGCGGCUCAAGUACCUGAUGGAGCGGCGCUUCCCUUGUGGUGUGUGCCAGAAAUCCUUCAAGCAGUCCUCGCACCUGGUGCAGCACAUGCUCGUGCACUCGGGCGAGCGGCCCUACGAGUGCGGCGUGUGCGGCCGCACUUACAACCACGUGUCCAGCCUCAUCCGCCACCGCCGCUGCCACAAGGACACGCCGGCCGCGGGGGCCCCGCCGGCGCCCCCUGGUGCUCCACUCGCGGCCCCACUGGGCCUCCCCACCGGUGCCGCUGCAGGUGUCACCCCUGCCCCAGUGGGGCCCGCUCCCGCACCCCCAGCCGAUGGCAGUGCCACCCCCACCCCUGCGGGCAUCCCCGGGCCCCCUGCGGCCAGCGCGGGUGGAGAUGGCCCAUUCGCCUGCCCGCUGUGCUGGAAGGUGUUCAAGAAGCCCAGCCACCUGCACCAGCACCAGAUCAUCCACACGGGCGAGAAGCCCUUCUCCUGCUCUGUGUGCAGCAAGAGCUUCAACCGGCGCGAAAGCCUCAAGCGGCACGUGAAGACGCACUCAGCCGACCUGCUGCGCCUGCCCUGCGGCGUGUGCGGCAAGGCCUUCCGCGACGCCGCCUACCUGCUCAAGCACCAGGCGGCACACGCGGGGGCGGGGGCGGGGGCGCGGCCGGCCUACGCCUGCGACCUGUGCGGCAAGUCCUACUCGGCCCCGCAGAGCCUGUUGCGCCACAAGGCCGCGCAUGCGCCACCCGCUGCCCCCGAGGCGCCCAAGGACUCGGCGGCUUCGGCCGUCCCGCCGCCCGCGCCUGCCUUCCCCGCCGGCCCCUACCUGCUGCCCACGGAGCCGCCCGCGGGCGACAGUGAGAAGGCGGCGGCAGCUGCUGCCGCGGCCGUGGUGUACGGCGCUGUGCCCGUGCCACUGCUGGGCGCGCACCCGCUGCUGCUCGGGGGGCCGGGGGCCGGGGGCGCGGGUGGUGCAGGCGGUGCGGGCGGCGCGGCUGGAAAGACCUUCUGCUGCGGGAUCUGCGGGCGCGGCUUCGGCCGCCGUGAGACGCUGAAGCGCCACGAGCGGAUCCACACGGGCGAGAAGCCGCACCAGUGCCCGGUGUGCGGGAAGCGCUUCCGCGAGUCCUUCCACCUGAGCAAGCACCACGUGGUGCACACGCGCGAGCGGCCCUACAAGUGCGAGCUCUGCGGCAAGGUCUUCGGCUACCCGCAGAGCCUCACGCGCCACCGCCAGGUGCACCGGCUGCAGCUGCCCUGCGCCCUGGCUGGGGCCGCCGGGCUGCCAGCUGCCCAAGGCGCCCCGGGAGCCUGCGGAGCCGGGGCCUCCAGCGCUGGGGGGGCGGGCCCCGCCGAUGCGCUCAGCUACGCGUGCUCGGACUGCGGCGAACACUUCCCCGACCUCUUCCACGUCAUGAGCCACAAGGAGGCGCACAUGUCCGAGAAACCUUACGGCUGCGACGCCUGCGGCAAGACCUUCGGCUUCAUCGAGAACCUCAUGUGGCACAAGCUGGUGCAUCAGGCCGCCCCCGAGCGCUUGCUGCCCACUGGUCCCCAGCCCGCAGAGAGCUCGGGUGGCACCGACGCGGCCAGUGUACUGGACAACGGGCUGGCUGGAGAGGUGGGCGCAGCUGUGGCGGCCCUGGCCGGGGUGUCGGGGGGCGAGGACGCGGGCGGCGCUUCUGCUGGGGCCGGUGCGGGCGCGGGCGCGGGUCCAGAACGCUUCAGCUGCGCCACGUGUGGCCAGAGCUUCAAGCACUUCCUGGGCCUGGUGACGCACAAGUACGUGCACCUGGUGCGGCGGACCCUGGGCUGCGGCCUCUGCGGCCAGAGCUUUGCGGGCGCCUACGACCUGCUCCUGCAUCGCCGCAGCCACCGCCAGAAGCGCGGCUUUCGCUGCCCAGUGUGCGGGAAGCGCUUCUGGGAGGCAGCUUUGCUCAUGCGCCAUCAGCGCUGCCACACGGAGCAGCGGCCCUACCGGUGCGGCGUGUGCGGCCGGGGCUUCCUGCGUUCCUGGUACCUGCGACAGCACCGCGUGGUGCACACCGGCGAGCGCGCCUUCAAGUGCGGUGUGUGUGCUAAGCGCUUCGCGCAGUCGUCCAGCCUGGCCGAGCACCGCAGGCUGCAUGCUGUGGCGCGGCCCCAGCGCUGCGGUGCGUGUGGCAAAACCUUCCGUUACCGCUCCAACCUGCUGGAGCACCAGCGGCUGCACCUGGGCGAGCGAGCCUACCGCUGCGAGCACUGCGGCAAGGGCUUCUUCUACCUGAGCUCCGUGCUGCGCCACCAGCGUGCCCACGAGCCGCCGCGGCCCGAGCUGCGCUGCCCCGCCUGCCUCAAGGCCUUCAAAGACCCUGGCUACUUUCGCAAGCACCUGGCGGCCCACCAGGGUGGCCGGCCCUUCCGCUGCUCCUCCUGCGGCGAGGGCUUCUCCAACACCUACGGGCUGAAGAAGCACCGCCUGGUGCACAAGGCCGACGGCCUCGGAGCGCCGGGGGCUGGGGCCCUCGCCGGGAAGGACGCCUGACCGGGCUGCUUCCCCACGUGAUCUCGUGUCUGCCCUGGACUGCUCCUCUCCGGGCUGCUGUCGGACUGUUCCCCGUCUCUGUCCCAUCCUUCAGAACUUCAGACUGCCUGGCCUCCCCAGGGCCCAGGUCCUGCGGACUCCAGACUGAAUCACCCUCCAGGUUCUCGGCCCUUCCCUGUCCAACCGGACCCUGAACUUGGCUCUUUCCAUCCCUCUCGUGACCCCUCCCCCCGCCUCCGCCCCAGGGAGCUCUUUGAUGGAGAUGGAGCUGAAUUGAACACCCCUUUCCUUUUGAGCCUGGCUAGGCAGUGGGACAUGCAGAGCUGGGACUGCAGGAGGGAGUGCUUUUGCAUUGUGGGGUUGGGGGUCAGGGUGGUAGACGCCGCUUGUACAGAGCAGAGAACAAUAAAUCUUAACAACAGGGC